AUGAUCGUCUUUCUGGAGUCAGAGGCUAACACACGCCACGGGCAGCCUGGGACCGUAGCUCUUGCCCAACAAACCGAAACCCCUGCUAGUACCGAAACGCCUGCUAAAGAGGUGGCUGUCGGGGACGCCAAGGGAACUGUCGGGGAGGCGGCUGUGGAGGACACUAAGGAAGCGAUCGAGAACGCUAAUGCUCAGGACAAUGGUCGGCUUAUACUGCUUUGGACUCCACGGAUAACAGAAUCACUAGGGAGCCAACACUUCGCGUUGGAAGAUGACGUUAAGCUCCGGGGAGAGAUGGAAACGGAAGGUGCGGAAGCGACUGGUGCGGAAGCGGUCCGACGAUAUUGGCUUAAAGUUGAACGUUCCGGGGUGACGGUUUUCGAGUGCAGUUUUUCUAAUGCAGAAGACGGAGAAAUAUGGGUGUCGACACUGCUCCAGAUGAUUGAUGAACUGAAAGGGGAUGAAGAUGCUGUGAUGUUGACUACUGACCCGGGACCGUUAAGGACAAUUGAAAUACCACAUCGACCCAUGGCUAUUACGUCGCUUACAACUCAGGAGAAUUUAUUGAGUUUGCUUUCUGAUGAGGAGGCUGUCCAAGAACUCUUUUCGCUGUUACCGGAAUCCUUAAGGAAUUUGGAUUCCCUUCGAAGAAUAUUCAAAUGCUCUGCUUUCAAUAACGCAGGUCUGGAGCUUACGCAGGCGAUGUACGGUGGAGAUGCUCCGGCUCUCUUUCUUUCUCUUGGUUUGACUUUUAAUCCCCUAAUGGAUCGUAAUUUCGCACCCACUUUCGCCCCUAUACUGAGCACAAGACGCGCGCGUCUUCACGCACGGGUGUGCGACUUUCAUGCACGGGUGUGCGACCUUCACACACGGGUGUUACAUUCGGGUUACAACCAUCGUUUUUUCCGUAGCUGUUGA